AAAGUCAUAACAACGUCUGACAAAUGCGAAAUAUAUUUUUAAGCCUGCAUAUAAAACCAAUUUUGAAGAAAUGCGAAGGGAAUUUAUACUUAUUUUGUUAGGUAUAAUAAGCGUUUCCACCCUUUCGUCCUUAUUGACGACAUAUGUUCAAGUGGAAGCGGAUAAAUUGCUGUUAGACACGGUAGUUGGAGUUGUGGGUGCAGGCAACUUUUCGUAUUGGCAAUUGGGGCAUUCUGGACCCCUUUUAGUAGAACUGACGUCUCUUUCCGGUGAUGCAGACCUUUAUGUGUCAGAUUCACUCAGACCAAGUUACGAGGUUGAUAAAAAUAACUUCAGCUCAGCAACCUGCGGAGCCGACACUGUCAGUAUACCCGCAGAAUUUCCAAGACCCAUAGGAAUCGGUGUGUUUGGUGACUGGUCAAAUAAGGUCUCGGAAUACAGCAUUCAGGUCUUCCUUGAUACAUCGGUUCUGGUCAGGGACGAGUCCGUUGUAGAACAUGCUAAGAUCAACACUGAAAAAACCGGUGGGUGAAUGUGGGAUUGGGUAUUGGGUUAAGUCCCCACCAAACCUCCCAGCAAGGAGAAGCUGAGUACAAAACGUGGCGAUGAUGACCGUCCAAGGCUGGUGAAGUUCCUCAGCCUCCUGGACAUGAUCGUGGAGAUGUUCUUCCUGUAGUCGAUGCUGUUAACCUUCACAGCGAGGACAUCGGUUACAUUGCUAUCAAUUCUAGUCACCCAUGGGUCUUGAGAUUACAAAGCUCUCCGGAACAUUGUGAGCCGAACCUUAUUUAUAAUUUUCUUGCAUAUUAUUGUCAUAGUUUUUAGUUUCAAGCGACAUAUUUUUGGAACUAAAUGUAUGAUCAUAAUGGCUUGAAAUAAUUUAUCGAUGAUCAAUUGACUUUUAACACUUAACCACAUCUGUCACUUCCACGUGGAAUGUCACUCUUUAUAUUUUUAAAAUUAUUUAAAUUUUUGCUUUAUAAAAUAAGUAAAUAUAAAUAUGUAUGUCUGUAUGAUUUUUUUUAUAUCAAUGAUUCUGUUUGCUUUCGGUUACAAAUUCCGUAACCAUGAUCGAGAUGAUCCAUAAUAAAACAGAUAGGCAAUUUUUAAUAAUUUAUUUAAAUAAAAAACCUGAAAUAAAUUAAUCUUAACACAUUGUAAUACAGACAGACGGACACACGGACAGACAGAAUACUUUAAGAACAUAAUUAAUAAAAUUAUAAACAGAUCUUUCAUUUUAUUAACAUUUUAGGUCUUAAUGUGACCUAAAGCUGAUCAAGUAAAUGUUAGUAACACACUAAACUAGUCCUAAUAGUGGAAAGGCUGAACAGAUUUUGAUAAAAUUGAUUGUAUGCGACAAUCCAUUGUAUUAAGUCAUGGUGAUAUAUCUUUGUGCAUUUAUUAAUAGAUUAUUUAGCACUGGAACAAGGAGUCCUCCGACAAGUUGCAAAUAUAAGAUCUUUUUCGCUGGAAAAGUACUUGGAAUUA